CUUAUACCUUGGAAAAGUAUGUGAAAUUCGAAAAUUUGAGAAUGGAAGUAACAGACUAUGAUGGCUAUGAUGCAAUACUUCCCGUUCUCAGCAUUACGUUGAUGUGGAGCACCAUCUAUUUGACACUAUGCAUCGUGAAUCCCACCAGAACAUAUGAGUGGCAAUGUAGAAUUGUGACGCUGUUGCAUGCAGUAUCCAUGGUGGCUGUCUGCGGCUGGUGUGCUUUUAUACAAGGACCAUGGCCAUUUACAGAUCCUGGUGGUCCUAAUACUCAGCUACAGCAUAUGGCAUGCAUGCUUUCAUUGGGCUACUUCCUGUUUGACUUCACUUGGUGUAUUUUCUCAAGAACUGAAGGGGCUAUAAUGAUGAUUCACCACUUAGUCAGCGUCCUAGGUCUCUCAAUGACUGUUUAUAGAGGCAUCUACGGGACAGAAAUGAUUGGCACAUUAUUUGGAACGGAAAUAUCCAAUCCCUUUCUACAAAUUCGAUGGUUUUUUUCGUGAAAGUGGAUUAGGAGACUCAAAUCUUGCUGAGCUCAAUGACAUGGCGUUCAUUUGUACUUUUGGAUUCAUGCGUAUCAUAUGCGGAACUGUUCUCUGGGUGUGCUAUUUAAAUCACCCAAGACCAGAUUUUUUUGGACGUCUAGGAGGAACAACGAUUUAUAUUAUAAGUUGGUUGUUUUGGAUAAGUAUCGUAAAAUAUGCUUUCAAAAAAUAUUCUAAAAUGUUUGCCAUAUUGAAAAGUCAGAGAUGUGUAACACAAAGCAGUGAUUCAACUAUAACUAAGGGAUCAAAUGUAUUGAAUGGA